AUGAGUGAGGCUCUGGAUCAGAUCUCUAAGUCACCCUUCACGCGUAGUAUAGAAGGGGCUAGGCUACCUCGGUGGUUCCAUCAGCUUAUGUUCACCGUUUAUAAUGGUCGAAUGGACCCCGUAGAGCAUGUGAGCCAGUUUAAUCAAAGAAUGGCUGUCCACUCCAAGAAUGAAGCUUUGAUAUGCAAGGUUUUCCCGUCUAGCCUAGGACCUGUAGCGAUGAGGUGGUUCAACGGCUUGAAGACUAACUCCAUAGAUUCCUAUAAGCAGCUCACCCAAGUCUUUGGCUCUUGCUUCAUUACGAACAGCAGGGUUCUUUGGCCUCUGAGCUCAUUGUUGUCAUUAUCCAUGUGUAAGGGAGAAACUCUGAAAGUAUUCUCGGACAGAUAUUGGGAAAUGUACAAUGAGAUGGAUGGCAACUUUAAUGAUGUUGCCAUCAGCACUUUUAAAAGCGGUCUCCUAACUGAGCAUGGCUUGAGAAAAUCCUUGACUGGCAAACCUAUCAUCAAUGUACGUUAA